AUGACAAGAGACCGACACUUAAAUCUCUCGGACAUAUCUAUCAAAACACUGUAUAUAUCUUUUUAUAUUUGUCUGUUCCGAUCUAACUUUGUCUAUUUUUCUUUUCCUAUCUAUCCUUUGUAUAUCUAUAUAUCUAUUUUUUUGUAUAUUUAUCUGUUCUCAUCUAUCUUUUGUAUAUUUGUUACUGUCUUUUAUAUAUUCGUCUGUUACUAUCUAUCAUAUAUUUGGUUGUUCCUACCUAUCUAUUGUAUUUUUCUCUGUUUCUAUCUAUCUUUUGUAUAUUUGACUGUACCUAUCUACCCAUCUAGCUAUCUUUUGUAUAUUUUUCUGUUCGCAUCUAUCUUUAGUAUGUUUGUCUGGUCCUAUGUAUCCUAUCUGUUGCGCUUUUGUCCGUUCCCCUGUUUCUAUCUUUUACUUCAGCCACCUGUUCCUCAUACCGAAGCAUCUUUCUUUCGUGAGCCUCUUCAAUCCCUUCUUCCGAAGACACUGUCAACUCGCCAAGCAGCAGAUGUUGCUUCUCGAUAUCAAUUAACACUAGAUCCUGAAGACAGAAUCACCUCCACUGGCAGUGUAGCAUCAACCAACACUCUCCACUUCCUUGAGUCCACCUACCUGGUCGUCUGUCUUGUGUCAGUCAUAUCUUGCUUCAGAAAGGCAAUCAUUCGUAGUAUAUAUUAA